AUUUACAGGGAUGUUUGCGAUGACUGAGAGGGGCCACGGUAGCAACGUUCGAGGCAUUAUCACUGAGGCCCGAUACAAUCAAUCCACACAGGAGUUUAUUAUUCACACACCUUCCGAAGAUGCUCAGAAAAUGUACAUCGGGAAUGCAAUGAAAGGAAACUAUGCUGCUGUGUUUGCUCAGCUCAUUAUAAAUGGAGAAUCUCAGGGUCCCCACUGCUUUAUUGUACCAAUCCGUGAUCAGAAUGGAGUCAUGUGGCCAGGAGUGACGACCAUUGACAUGAAGCACAAGGAAGGUCUGCAUGGGGUUGACAAUGGGAUUUUGAUAUUUAAUAACGUCCGGAUACCACGGGAAAAUCUGCUGAGAAAGUUUGGUUCAGUAUCAGCUGAUGGUUUGUACUCGUCUCCUGUCCUCAGUAAAAGCAGUCGCUUCAAUGCAAUGCUCGCUGCCCUGACACCCACCCGUCUGGGUCUCACCGUACAUGCCAUGGCUGCCAUGAAGCUGGGGCUCGUCAUUGCAGUACGCUACAGUCACAGUCGCAGACAGUUCGGUCCGAAGGAUCAGGAUGAGGUGAAGAUCAUCGAGCACCAAACGCAGUACCUGAGACUGAUGCCACACCUGGCUGCUGCCCUCUCGCUCAUUUUCACCACCAGAUACGCUGCAGGUUUGAUGGACGAUGCUUUGUGUCAGGGUCAGGACCUUCAAAGCAAUCGCGCUCUGCAAGCUCUCGUCGCAGGACUCAAAGCCUACAGCACGUGGGAGAACGUGACGUGUCUGCAAGACUGCCGUGAGUGUACUGGCGGCAUGGGCUUUAUGAUGGAAAACCGUAUUCCGUCUCUGAAGUGUGACUCCGACGUCUUUGUCACAUUUGAGGGCGACAACAUGGUCAUGCUUCAGGUGGUGGUACGAGAGCUGCUGACCCAGUACACCAAACUGAUGGGGAACAACUUGGUGAUGGGACUGAUUAGAAACUGGACCAGCUCAGUGUCAGACAGCCUUAGAACCAGCUUUCUUGGCUUCAGCGUGGACAAAGUAGGAGACCUAAUGUUCCUGCUGAAAGCGGUAGAGAAAAACAAAGAUGAGUUCUUCAUGGCCUGGAACGCUUGUUUACAUCACGUGACCACUUUGGCUAUGGCACACAUACACAGAGUGACCUUGGAGCAGUUUGCUCUCGCCAUACGAGAAUGCCAUAUCAAAGAGGACCGUGCCUUGCUCAACAAGUUCUGCCUUCUUCAUGGCACUAGUCUGCUGUAUCAGGAGAGAGCGUGGUACCUGGAGCACAACUACCUGACCCCCAACACCAGCCGACAGAUCCGCAGCCAGCUUUUGGAGCUGUGCAGAUCGGUGAAGGAUGAUGCGCUGAAGGUGGUCGAUGACUUCAACAUCCCGUCCUGCUGCAUCCAGGCCCCUAUCGCUGGAGUCGCCAAUCCCAGGGCCGAAUGGGCCUUCUACCCACAGCCACAGUAUCCCAGCAGCACCCAACCUCUGUCAAAGCUCUGAAUGAGAGAAUAAGCAUGGCUUUAUGAGGAUGUGGAAGAACAAUUAAGUGAUUUCAGGUUGCUGGUCUCAAUGGUUUCCAUUUUCUUUCACAUUGGUUGGGAGAGAUUAAGGACUAAUUGGAGGUGGUCAAUGCACUUACGAAUGCAUAGCUGACGUUUAAUGAUUAAGCAUCAUGCUUUGUGCCAAGAAGAAUGGUAGAACUUGCCAAGGCCUUAAGAAAAUGGCAUAUACUCUAGGCACAACACUACAUUUUCUUGUUCACUCUUAAAAAUAAAGGUUCCAAAGGGGUGCGUUCGCAACAA